CUUCAGAUGAAGAUCUUGCAAUGCGCACACGUCUGAUAAAGCAUUUAUCCGGAGUUAGCGCACCAAGGAGUUCCAUCACUGGGCUGGGAGCCUGCUAACACAGGGUGGAGGUCCAGGGUGGAACUCGACGUGACAAGCUGAUGGACAACUGAUGGAACAUUCUACGCACGUUUGUGUGGACUGAAGAGCUGUGUAAGCGGAUCGAGCCUUUGCGCCAUAUUCGGCUGGACACUGGCGCCAUCUUGGUGACCGGGUGUGACUGUGGGCGGGUCUCCACCUCUGUUACCCCCAGCCAACAACCUCAAAGUUCUUAAGGAAUGAAGUGCACAGACACACAGGAAUUGAGAGGAGAGGGAAACUUCGCUCGGUUACGGAACAGCGCCAUGAGUCAGCAGAGGGUCAUCUGCAGGAAAUUCUCCUUGGACAGUAAUUUCUCCACUGUGGAUGGUGGGAAGCUGAAGAAGAGCAAAAGUAAGAAGCUGUUUGAGCCCAGGAAGACAUAUAGCAUAGAAGAAUCCCAGCUGGGUGUUCAGGACCUUAGCAAGAAUUCUUCCAAGUUUUUUCCCAGCAGGUCCCAGACAGUGGAGUCAAACUCACACAAUGAGAAGCCAGAGGAUUCUUCCACUCGCAAUAGUAUCACAAAGCACAGCAAAACAUUCCACAAGCUGUUUCGAGACAUCCCCGAAAAUGAAAACCUGAUUCAUGCCUUCACCUGUGCCCUACAGAAGGAGGUGCUCUACCACGGCAAGCUCUAUGUGUCUGAGAACCAUGUGUGUUUCCACUCAUCAGUGCUGCUCAAGGACACCAAGGUGGUGGUCCCGGUGGCUGCAGUGGGGAGCGUGAAGAAGCAGAACACGGCUCUGCUGUUGCCGAACGCUUUGUCCAUUCGAACCAUGGAUGGCGAGAAGUAUUUGUUUGUGUCUCUGCGGAACCGGGAAUCCUGCUACAAGCUGGUCUGCUCUGUGUGUCCUCAUUUGGAGACUGGGAGUAACAACAACAGCCCACAGGUGUCGUCUGCAGAGAACAGCAUUGACAGCAUCCGGGACGAGCCCCUCAUUCUAUCUGGAGUAGAAGACAAUGUUUUCCCUGUGGAGGAGGGAAACUCUGGUUUCCAACAGGGCUUGACCAGAUUAGACAGAGACACAGGGUCAGAUGGGAGCGAAAGCAGCCGGGAGCAGGAAGUCAGCUCUUCAGAUGACAGCCGAGGUACUUCCUGGGUUUGGACCAUGACUGAGAGGGUAAAAUCUGCCCUAGUUCGGAGAGAGUCCAAUAACUUCAACCUCCUCCUCUUCAUCUACCUCAUUCUGGUGGUGCUACUCCUGCUGUCUUCGGGGUACAUCGGGCUGCGCAUCGUGGCCCUGGAGGAGCAGCUCACCUCCAUGGGGGCCUUGCCCCAUUUCUCCCUGUCAGAGGAGUACAAGGACACGUAAGGGUUUGGGCUACAGACUCCAGAGAACAUCCCAGGGAAGACCAAACGUGUCUUCACAAAGGCUUUUUUUUUCCCCUUGUGGACGAUCACUGGGCUCAGGUCCACAUCUGCAGGACCUGUUCACCAGCUUAGUAAUUUCAAUGGUAUUUGAAAGCACUUCAGCAGGAACUGACCCCCACCCUACCUGGGCUGAGGUGGGGGUGACAGAGGCCAGCACUGGCAGACAGCUGGUCUGUCUGCCCCCUUUUGGCGAACCUGACGUCAGCACCAGCCUCAGUACCUGUGGGUAUUCUGUUGCCAAAACGGGUUCCUCAAAUAUACAUAUAUUUUUAAACCAA